AUGUGCAAGAUACGCAGAGAACAUCUGGACUGCAGCCACUAUGUGGACAAUUACGAAUUCUGCACUCACAGAAAGGUCGAUUUCCACACUGGCUUGAUGUCCCCCUGCCGAACAAUGAGAGAAAAUGACAUCAUCAAUGUCUACAACGUUCCGGGAUACUGCCCAGGUGACUGCUGGUACUGGGCAGCCAUCAACAAGGGCUGGAGGUGCCAUGUUUGCCAUUUCGGGAAUGUCCAAGGCUAUAUAUGCAACAGACCUAGAUGUGGUCAUCAAUGUUGCCACGCGUGUGCGGUGAGCAUGUUGCGGUGCUGCGGACAAAAUUGCGGCCGUGCCAUCCAACGUGGCAGAGUGUGUACUUGCGGACACCGGUCUUGCUCCAGAUGCACCACUAUUCUUCAUGGGUGA